AUGUUCACUGACACCAACACGUACAGCGACCUCACUGGGCGGUAUGGCUUCACCGUGGUUGAGGUACGCAUGUCACCUGACAAUUCCACAGCGUACAUACUGUGGGAUGCUUUCCCAGAGCGGCAUGAUGCUGCCGAGAGGGAGCUGAACCAGAGGGUGUCCAGGCUGAGGCGAAGCUUGGCCCAUGCGCUGAAGUCCAGGCAUGUGCCGAGGCUGGAGUUCCGCAGAGACGCACCGUCCUCUGAAGAGCUGGCUGUGGAGGAGGCUCUGCAGCGCUUGCAGAAUGAGCCGUAG